GUAGUAUCUCGCGGUCAGUCUUGUUGUGAAGUAAGGACAAAUUUAAUUUUCUGAAAAGUAAGAUGAAAAUUUCAAGGUUAUUGAACCCGUUACAAAUACUGGCUUUAUGGGUGUUGCAGAUAGAAGCACAAUGCUCUCUCACUCCCUGUGAGGUGCUGCAAAUAUUAACAAGUAAAACUAAACCUGGAGAAGGGGGAAAUGAAGCUUGCGCUGAAGAUUUGAAGUGGCGGCAAUUGGAUCGACGUCUGCGAGCUAUUGAACAACCCGCGUGGACAAUAAGCUUAUCGCAAUCCCGUUGGCGUCAAUGCUCUAAAAGUGUUUGCAGAUGUGACGCGACUCAUCGAUCUUUGAACUGCUGGCGAGCGGGGCUCACCUCCUUGAAUUCGGAUCUGAUCGUCCCAGUGGAUAUUUACACUAUCGAUCUUGGAACAAAUAAAUUACGGACGUUACAUAAGUCAAGCUUCAAAGGCAUGCGAUCGCUGACAGAGCUAGAUAUGUUUGACAAUCAUGUGGAAUACCUGCCUUCUGGAAUUUUCGAUUCACUUCACAAUUUAAGGAUUUUGCGUUUACAGCGAAAUUACCUUGAAGAGAUUGACAGUGAGGCUUUCCGACAUACAAAAAAGCUCUUUCACGUUGAUUUAUCAAACAAUUUUUUAUACACGCUACCAGAACGAUUAUUCGCCAACAAUACGUACUUAGAAACUGUGGAUAUAUCAAAUAAUCAAAUUGUUUACAUACCAUCCGACACGUUCCUUGGAUUACGUUCCCUAUUAAUUCUCGAUUUAUCGAAUAACAAAAUUCAACAGAUACAAAAUGGAACGUUCCAUUUGAUUAAUUUGCAAAUAUUGAAAUUGUCAAACAACCAGAUAAGUAACAUCACAGACACAGCGUUCGAAAGCCUUUUGUCAUUGGAAACCCUGUUAAUGGACAAAAAUGACUUACGAAUGAUACCGUCAAAUUUAUUCUGUAAUCUCUUCUGUUUAAUGUUUUUGGAUUUAUCGAACAAUAAUUUAAUGAGCUUGACUGGUCUUGAAUUCAGGCACCUUAGGUCAUUGAGAUUUUUGAAUUUAAAAGAGAAUCUUCUGCAAGAGCUGCCGGACGACGCAUUUGUGAAUUGUUCCAGCCUUGAAAAACUCGAUCUGUCUAAAAAUAAGUUGAAAUUCCUGAACGUUACCACUUUCCGGGGAUUGGAAAAUUUAACUUCAUUGAUUUUAUCCGACAAUCAGAUUUACGAAGUUCAUUUCAAAACAUUCGCAACAUUUAAAAAUCUUACAACGUUAUACUUGGACAACAACAUGUUUCCCUCACUCCCGUCGCGAACUCUCGACUACAUGCCGAAACUCGCUAAUGUCAAAUUGUCAAAUAACCCUUGGCAUUGCGAUUGUCAUGCUCUUUAUAUUUCAGCGUGGGUGCGGUUAAAUGAAAUGAAAAUAUGGGAUUAUUCGCCUACGUGCGUAUCACCGUGGUAUUUGGAAGGUCACUUUUUAAAGAAAUUAAAAUUUCCUGAACUGUGUACUGGGCAAUGGGCCAGCAUGGUAAAUUUAUCGCCCCGAUUACCAAUGCAACAGCUUUUAGCCCUUAAUGUCACUGUUAACAGAAAACCUCAAGAAAGCAUGGAAGAAAUUCACGAUAUGGACAACUGGAAAUAA